AUGCUUCCUGUCGGUGCAAUUGUGCUCGGAGUGUUGCUGAUCUCAGCAGGAGGAGAUGCGUUUUUACCAAUUAUAAGCUUCUAUCCUGAUGUGCAGGCUUCUGGAAACGCGAUGGCGUGCCGCUGGUAUAACCUGCCAGCGUACGCAACCGCCGUAACGCAGCAAGUACCGGUCCGUGGCUUCAACCGAGGCGAUGGAGGUUUCAACAUGGACCCGCUCAGUGGCCUCACCUCCAUGUUUAACCGUCUGUAUCCCGAGUCCACCAUGGGAAUGCCGCAAUCACGCCCAAACAUGGUCGUGCGGGUCGAGGACACGAAUCCUGUACGCAACAAGAACCCAGGCACAGCGCUUGUAACACCGAGACCGUCGACCAACGGAAACCGUGAGUUAGAUUACUACUACUCAGACGAAACGCUGUACUAUGAAGAGAAGGACGGUUAUGGCUACGAUGAUUACAGUGAUUCCGAUGGAGAUACGGACACUGUUACGUAUUAUGACAUGUCACAGUCGGCACCCGCACUGGGGAUGGGAUCUGGACCCAGGAACAUCCUUCAGACCUGGUACCAGACGAGUAUGGGACCGUCCGCUAACUCCCCAGCGAUCUCAUCGAUCGAGCAGCGGGAAGGAUAUUACGGUAGUACGAAGGCAUUCGGCGUGGAGACAAGUUUGAGCGAUAGCUCCGAGUGA